UCAUCUCAAAGAUACAUCCGAGAGACAAGGAAGAUUAUACUCCACAAAGCGUCCCGUAAAGAACCUGCACGGAACCUUUCAUCGCCUUCAUCAUGGCAAGUGCUUCAUCGGCCACGCCGGCUGGAGAUCAAGAGGACAGACCACUCCAACAACCCAGCUCUCAGGCACAAACCAACCAGGCAUCAGCCCCCACAGAGUCAGAGUCAGAGUCCUUCUCACAAUCUGCAGCGGAAGAGGCACCAGAGACAUACGAGGCCACCCACGUCCACGCAGUCUAUGAAGCCAUCGCACCGCACUUCUCGGCCACUCGCCAUAAGCCCUGGCCUCGGGUUGCCAGCUUCUUGCUAUCCCAACCACCCGGCAGUCUCGGUCUUGAUGUCGGCUGCGGCAACGGCAAGUAUCUGCGUGUCAACCCGACUGUCCACCUGCUUGGCUCCGACCGGAGUCCAGCUCUCGUCCAGCUCGCCCGGACUGAGCUGAGACGGCCGCGGGAAGACGGUGUCGAGCAUGAUCCUAGAGUAUCUGAUGUAGACGUUGCUGUCGCCGAUGGCUUCGCGCUUCCUUAUCGCAAGGGAGCCGCUGACUUUGUCAUCUGCAUCGCUGUUGUGCACCAUAUGUCGACACGCGAGAGAAGACAGGCCGCCAUUGCUGAGCUACUUGCACUCGUAACUCCCCAGGCCGGUCGUGUGCUCGUCUACGUGUGGGCUCUGGAGCAGGCGUCAAGCCGUCGCGGGUGGGACGCGAGCAGUGACCAGGAUCGCCUGGUGUCGUGGGUGAUGCGGAAGCCAAAGGGCCAAGAACCCGGAGGCACGUUCCAGCGCUACUACCAUCUGUACAAGGAGGGUGAGCUCGAGGAGGAUGUCAAGGCGGCUGGGGGCAUCGUUGUAGAGACCGGCUACGAGAAGGAUAACUGGUGGGUGGUAUGUAGUCGACCGUCGUGAGACAUCAUCAACGGUAACCUGCGGCACAAGGCAAGAUCUUAUAGGCGUUACAAAAAAGCACUGGAUACCUUAUGCAUAUGGUUACCAACCUCGAGAGGAAUCUUUCACCGAUAUUUACGCUGCAUGUUUCGCUCUUGUCCAACCAUCGAAGAGUACUUGGCCGUCUUCGGGCUGGUAUUAUAUCCAAUAUAUUGCUCAACUAAGGUAACAACGCUAACUGUACAGUCCAUCUACACCCUACAUAUUCUCUAUAAUAUCUCCAUAUGUGUCUAUCAAUGGUAAAACAAUACUAAACAGGUAAAAGGCAAACGCUGUGCAACAAAACAACACUGUCUCUCUUUCAACUCCGGUUUUCUGAGGUCAUCCUUGACCUCACCCUUUCUGAUGCUUCCAUUGCUAGGCCCUCAAACAACCAGUAUCCAUUGCCAUGCAGAU